ACUAACGCUGCAAAGGCCAGGCCGCACUAACUCCUCAGAGACCUGCCGCCACCGCUGCCGCCUGCACCUUUGCCAUUGCAGCUCAUUUGCCUACCUUCCCAGUCGUCUCCUUCUUUGUCGCCGUGCCGCUACCUCAGCAGCAUCGACAACAGAUAAGUGGCGGAUUCAGGAAUUUGGGGUUGGGAGUCUGGGCAGGCGCCAGGAACCGACAGCACACAAGAGCCCGCCAUCUCUCUUUAGCAACCACGGCUGCAGUGCAGUUUUUAGCCCGUUGUGGCGUUCGCUUGAGAGGUGCACGGUGUCCCAGUGCCCGGAAUCAAGAGCUGGAGCUUUUCUGUCAAUCCUGUUUCAAGCACUAGGGAGGGAUCUGGUCUUUGAGAUCGUGAACAAAAUUAUAACCUCAUUUUGGAUAGUGUUGUUAUUUUUGUCAGCUGAGUUAAGCAAACGGCAACUUUGCCAAAGCCUUCUUAAACCCUUAGCAUGUCUCCUCCAACGGUGCCUCCGACAGGGAUAGAUGGCGUGUCUGCAUACCUGAUGAAGAAAAGGCACACCCACAGGAAGCAACGGCGCAAGCCCACUUUCCUCACUUGUAGAAACAUAGUGGGCUGUCGCAUUCAACACGGUUGGAAAGAAGGCAAUGAGCCGGUGGAGCAGUGGAAAGGCACUGUGCUUGAGCAGGUUUCUGUAAAGCCCACAUUGUACAUUAUUAAAUACGAUGGAAAAGACAGCGUGUAUGGACUAGAACUACACCGGGAUAAGAGAGUUUUAGCGCUAGAGAUUCUUCCUGAGAGAGUGCCAGCUCCUCGUAUUGAUUCACGCUUGGCAGAUUCCUUGAUUGGGAAGGCAGUGGGGCAUGUGUUUGAAGGCGAGCACGGUACAAAAGAUGAAUGGAAGGGUAUGGUGCUGUCGCGAGCACCCGUGAUGGAUACUUGGUUUUACAUCACCUAUGAGAAAGAUCCGGUCCUCUAUAUGUACACCUUGCUGGAUGACUACAAAGAUGGUGACCUUCGAAUCAUUCCAGAUUCCAGUUACUAUUUUCCUACAGCAGAACGGGAGCCUGGAGAAGUGGUCGACAGCCUCGUGGGCAAGCAGGUGGAGCAUGCCAAAGAUGACGGGUCCAAGAGAACUGGCAUUUUCAUCCAUCAAGUGGUGGCCAAGCCGUCUGUCUACUUUAUUAAGUUUGAUGAUGAUAUUCACAUUUACGUCUAUGGUUUGGUGAAAACCCCGUAAGUUUAUUGUGCUCUUUACAACAGUGGUGGAGUUAUUAGAUGUAAAAUAUCUUGUUUUCUUAUAAUUGUAUAUUUUGAGAAGAGUUUUGACUCAAAAAUUCAGAAAAAUUGGUGAAUGUUGUUGUGUCUCCCAAUCUUGCAUUGUCUACUUUCACAGUUUUGGCCUAAUAUACUUUGAUAUUUAUUCUGUAUUUGAAAUUUUUAAUUGAGUACAAAUAGAAAAAUAAAAGUGCAACCUUUGGAACAAUACAAAAGCAAAUCAACUCCACAUCAUGUCCUUCUUCCCCACGUUUUACUUGUCUCUUUUUCUUCCCAGGUAACAAGUAUUGAAAAUAUGAUCUAUAUCUUUUUUUUUCUGUCCUCUAUGUUUGUUUCAGUAGUUUCCCUAAAAAAAUGACAAGUUUGCAUACAGAUGUCAUCUCUCCAGACUAGUAGAUAACAGUCCAUAAUUCUGUCUCUGCAUCUAUCUUUCACUCUUACACUCCUGUUUACUAUUUCAUAUACAGUAUAUGUUCAAGUGCCAAAAAAGUAUUUGACCAUCUUCUAUAGCAGUUUAUAAUGCUUUAAAUCUGAAAAGUGAAGAAUUGCAUUGCACUGUUUUUCACUUUAAUUGGCUUUUAUCUGAUUUCAAUGAGUAUUUUUUUU